AUGGUUCAGAGUGCCACCGGACGGCCUCGAGGGCGCCCGCGCAAGGCAACUGUCAUUAAACCUAAACGUAAGGCUACUCUGCAUGUUGUACAGUUUUAGGUGCUCUAAAAAGACCAGCAGUUGUUGAUGUUGAAACUACAACUAAGCGUGCUAAACUUAUCUCGUUACGAGUUGAUGAUCCAGUAAUUUGUCGGAGAUGCAAAACGAUUGGCAAGGAUACUCAAGGAUUAGUCGAUGCAUUAAGAACAAAGUAUUCCUUACCGAACAUUGGUAAGAAGUCUUUGGUUAUCAAUGCCGAAGGCGUUUACAUUGUUCCACCAAACGGGAAAGAGGAUGAUGUCGAAACAAAGAUUUGCAUUGCCAUAAAUGAAGAAGAAGUACCCAAAAUCGGUGGAAAAGUGAUAGAAUUCAACUUAGAUAAGAUUACAGAGGAAGAUGAAGAUUCGGAUUCCUUUGAAAGGGAUGAGGAACAUGAUGAAUUCCUUUUGAAAGAACUCGUCAAGGUUGAAGGAAGAGAUGACGAAAUUGAAAGUACAACGCUAUUGAAUGAUAGUGGUGUAGAAAGUAACGAAGUAGCUAGCGAAACCUGGGACGAAGAGUCCGACAACAGUACGUAACACGUAAUUGCUUUAUGAUUCUAUAACUAAUUAUUUAUUUAGGACUUUCACCAUCUCCGGUAGAUUCUGUUCCGGAAACAGCACUGCCUCCAACCCAACAUCUGCCUGACUUUAAGCCCAUAAGUGACUGUAAAUUGAGAUGCGACGCAGAUUACGUUCUGAAUAAUGAUCGGCCUGACAAAUGCAUGUGCAAUUAUACGGAUGAUGAGAAGAAGCAAGGAAAGGCUUGCUCCUCUGGCCAAUGUCUGAACAGGGCAAUGAGAUACGAAUGCCCUACAAGAUGUCCUUCAGGGGAAUACUGUCGAAAUAGAAGAUUUCAAAACGUAAGUUUUUGCGUAUUUGCCACUUGUGUAACUUUGAUUUCGGUGGUUCUCAAGGAAAUGAUGUCCUUUUCCUUCUGUUUCGAUUAUUGAAAUGUUUCAUUACAGAAGGAGUAUGCAAAGAUUGAACCUUUUUUUGCGGGGGCAAAAGGAUGGGGAAUACGAUGUUUGGAGAAUGUGCCCAGGUCGGUUUUUUUUAUUUUUAAAUAUUAGAAUUUUAGUGGCUCAUUCAUCAUUGAAUAUGUUGGCGAGAUUAUUGAUUCAUUCCAAUGCCGUAAACGGUCUAGAAAGUAUGCAAAGGAUCAGAAUCACAAACAUCAUUAUCUGAUGUCCCUGACAUCUGAAACUUUCAUCGACGCAACGAGAAAAGGAAACAUUUCACGCUUUGUGAAUCAUAGUUGUGAUCCCAAUGCAGCGACAGAGAAAUGGACCAUUAAUAGGAGGACGAGGAUUGGAUUCUUUGCGAUCAAAGAUAUUUCCGCAGGCGAAGAAAUUGUUUUCGAUUAUAAUUUUGAACGGUUUGGGUAAGUUCUUUUCCGACUCAAAUUAUUUUUUUAGAAAAACUGCGCAGAAAUGUUACUGCGGAUCCUCGAACUGUCGUGGCUACAUAUCUGGCAAGCAAGAAACAUCUGAGGAUAUAGUUGAAGAGGCGGAAGACGACGAGUUGAGCGAGUCGGAUGAGGAAGACGACGAGCUCUCUGAUACUUCUGAGGAUGAAGAUGAUGACGAUUUUGUUCAACCUGCACCUCCGCCACCCUCAUUGCCCAACAAGAUAUCCACUGUUGUAACCAAGGCUCGAUUGGCCGAGCAAAAGGCCAUUGCUCUCGAGAAGAGAAUACUGACUCAAUUCGCUCAAUGGGUCGAGAACGGAGAGAUAUCACAGAACUUGGAGCACUUCAAGAGGUAUGUUUGGGAGCUCUGAUGGAAAUUUAUAUCUCAAAGCUUUGAAUUAUCAUAUUCUUUUAGGCGCUUGACAGAAUUGAAUUGGCCGGGGUCUGCAAAGCAGUGCAUAAAAUAUAUAAACGACUUCGACGAAGCAACGAUGAAGCGGUUUAGUGAGAGAAGCGCCAUGGAUGCUAUUUGGUAUCUCAGUACGACAUAUUUUGAAAGUCGGAUUAAUGCGACCCAAUUUCCCGUUGUACAUAUGGUAGUGAAUAUUCUACUCAAAGUUACUCUGAGGAGUCAACAUCAGGUGAAGGAAUGCACGAAGAAACUUCUGAAUGAUUUUAUGAGAGCUGUAGAUGUAAGUCGGGUCGGCGCGUUUCUAUCGGUUUGGUUUAGAAAUUUUGUUCAGUUGUCAAGGAAGACGAUGUUGGAGAUGAGGAUAUCGAAGACGCAGUAAAUAUAAUGGUGCGGACAGUGGAGGAAGUAGAUCCGGAGACAUUAAGAUUGGCCGCUGAGAUUAAAGGGACCAUAUACAAGUUGUACGAGAACUGGGCCGUACUACCAGAACACGAAUAUCGGAUACCGAAAAAAAUGUAAGUAAUGGACAAUUUGGGCACACAACGUUUAGACUGUACUAGAAAAGAGGAAUUCGAGCUAAAAUUGCGCCAUUAUCGAUCGAACUUUUGUGACACUUUGCACCAAACUGGUGGUCUUAAAAAUACGAUAUUUGUUUGUGUUAUUCAAUCUUUGAGAUAUUCCACUUCAAAGUUCCAAAAAUCGAGAACUUUGCAGUCAUCUAGCGGGCGACGUUUAGUCACGAAUCCUACAAAACUGGUCAAUCUGCACUACAACACCAUUUUCAAUCACCAUGCAAAGUUUCAGAACUUUUUCCAACUCGUAACUCGACUUAUUGAGUCAUCUUUCCUGCUAUUAGAAUGAUUGAAAUCGUUGCCCGGGCUUUUGGCAAAAUGAAAAAAUCCUUGGCAUUCCGCAACUAGAGAGAUUUUAAUUAUCAAACUCAUCAAACAUGGUGUUUUUGAAAGACAAAACAGACCUGCCGUAACAAUAAAAAAUCUGAUAGGUUCUAAAGCCUUUUCCUGUCAAGAUUUUUUUUCAAUACCGCACAGCAUUCCGAACUUUUUUCGCCGCCGAUCGGUGUCCAAAAAAAUGAAAAAUUAAAAAGUGCACAUUACAUUUUCAUGUGUGUAAGGGUAGCCAGAAGAGAUACCGGCAAAAACAAAAACUCUUUAUGUAGAGUAAUCAAUUUCCUUUCAGAGUAUGUAAGUAUUGUCUUCAGGUUGUCCGCUACCUUUGAGAAAAUCGUCACUAAAAAAAUGGAAAUUUCGAUUUUGAAUGCCAAAAAAAUGUACUUUCUUGGGGCCGCCAAAAAAGAUGUUGGAGUCUAUCGUAAAGAGAAUUUCAAGGGCUACAACAUAUUAAAAUUUCAAGAUUUUUGUGGGGGUUUGAGUCAAGUUAGAGUGAAAAAACACUUGAUUUUGCACUUUUUCUUGAUUUAUUUGCACUUUUAGUGCAAAAAUAAAAAACCAUCCGUGGGCGAUGGAAUCUGUGUGUCAUGUCGGAUAUGCAUGCCAAACAUGAAGCUUCGCCGACGCUCCGGAGUCGCUGAAUAUCCGUUUAAAUACGAAACCUUAGAGUACUAUUUCUGUCGUUUGAAAUCGCUUUAUGUGCUCCAAGAUCCCUUCUAUCAAAAAUAUAUUGUGUGUAUACAGUGUAUAACAACUGCAUAACGACUUAGUUGCAAAAGUCUAACUCAGAUUGGCGGUUAAUUUAAUUGGUGUUGCAACAUCAAAAAUUGGCUCUGGGAAGGAUUUUCUGCCAAAUUCAAUUUUCGAAAUGAAAAAAAUAUAUCGUGAGUAAAUGAUAAGAAGUUGUUAUACACUGUAUAUAGACAAUAUACUUUUGAUCAAAAGGUAUCUUGGAGCAGAUAAAGCGACUUCAAACAAUAGAAAUAGUACUCUAAGGUUUCGUAUUUAAACGGAUAUUCAGCGACUCCGGAGCGUCGGCGAAGCUUCAUGUUUGGCAUGCAUAUCCGACAUGACACACAGAUUCCAUCGCCCACGGAUGGUUUUUUAUUUUUGCACUAAAAGUGCAAAUAAAUCAAGAAAAAGUGCAAAAUCAAGUGUUUUUUCACUCUAACUUGACUCAAACCCCCACAAAAAUCUUGAAAUUUUAAUAUGUUGUAGCCCUUGAAAUUCUCUUUACGAUAGACUCCAACAUCUUUUUUGGCGGCCCCAAGAAAGUACAUUUUUUUGGCAUUCAAAAUCGAAAUUUCCAUUUUUUUAGUGACGAUUUUCUCAAAGGUAGCGGACAACCUGAAGACAAUACUUACAUACUCUGAAAGGAAAUUGAUUACUCUACAUAAAGAGUUUUUGUUUUUGCCGGUAUCUCUUCUGGCUACCCUUACACACAUGAAAAUGUAAUGUGCACUUUUUAAUUUUUCAUUUUUUUGGACACCGAUCGGCGGCGAAAAAAGUUCGGAAUGCUGUGUACCGGGCUAAAUUACAGUUAUUCUAAUUUCUCGAAGAAGCCAAAAAAAUUAUUUAACAGUACGCCAAACAUUUGUUUUCGUGGCGUGACGCGACCAGAGUUCCGUGAAAAAACGUUGUGGCACCUAGAUUUGCAGGAAGUUAAUCCGGUGAUUUUUAAGCAUUUGAAGACAAAUUAUUUGUGGAUAUUCUUCCAGGUUGCAAGUCAUUAAACAAGAACGGGUAUCCAAGUGGGAGCCAGCACCACAACUACCCCCAGAACAGCCCCAACAUGAUCCCAUCAUACUUGCAAAUUCCAAUGCUGAAGGAUUAAUCAAGAAAGAGCCAGAAGAACGAAAGACGACUGUCAACAUAACAGUACCCUCCACUUCAGGAAUGACCACAGUUGUGCAUUUAGGAACGACAGAUCAAAGUUUGUGUAGCGAUACGUAUAAUUAAAAAACAAAUUUUAGUGUACAACAUGAGCCAGAUGCCAAUGUAUGGGAUGUAUCCGCCUUUUUCCUUCAUGCCGCCACCCCUGCAGGGGAUGUCCGUUCCCCCGUUUAUGACUCCCUUGCCUCCCCCAGGGCUUCCUUCAGUUCCCCCGUUUAUGCCUCCUCUACCCCCGACUCCGAGGCAGUCCUUGCCUCCGCCAAAUCAACCUUUGGUGGACCAGAAACCACCCCCUCCUCCUCCCCCUCCACCCCAACUCAUCAUUCCGCAGCUUUCGAAGAUAACUGACAAUAGUACUGAAAAACAAUUCAAAGUAGCCCAAAUGCAACCAGAACUAUACCAGAACACAGUAGAAGAUGAUAUCCCCGAAUCCUUGAUCAGCGUGCUGGCUAGGGAUAUGGCUCCAGAAAAGGCCCAAUCAGUGUGUUUCGAGCUCAUGAAAAGGUUUGAGAUUAAAGCCAGGAAGAGCACGACUGAAAAUUCGGUUGAACAAAGCGCCAGUGGCAGUAAAGCUUGGAUCGUUCCUUCGUUUGAGGAAAACGAUGAAUUUACGUUACAGAAGUCUCAACUGAACAAGUUAACGUUGUCAGAAGAGUCAGCUUCCUUGAAUAAGAAGCCUCACCGGGUCCGAAUUGCGGUUCCGCCUUUGCCCCCAGCAACCAUGGAUGCUACAAGUGUUCUUGCUCACACCAACAGUUUGAAACAAUAUCGGAAUUUGUUGGAUAGAGUAAGUUCCAACUUCUUUAUUAAUCUCAUUUUCAGCACAUAGAGUCGGUUUCCAAGUCACUGAUGUAA